AUGCUUACCAACGGCGCUCUUGCGCUCGCCUUCCUUCCUCUUACACUCGCCCAUUUCCAGCUCAAUUUCCCUGAAGCGCGUGGAUUCACCGAUGACACUGAGGGCAACUUCCCUUGUGGAGGCUACAACGAUGUCCAGCAAGAGCGCACCGAUUUCCCAAUCAGCGGAGGGCCGAUACAACUGCACAUGGAGCACCCGCAGACCAACGUUGCUGUGUACAUGGCCAUUGGCGAUAACCCGGGAGAUGGAUUCAGCAUCGUCGCGCAACAGCAGACCCAAGUAUCAGGUCUAGGAGACUUCUGCUUCGGCCACGUCUCCCUACCGGAAGGAUUGAAUGUGACGGAUGGUACCAAGGCUUCGAUACAAGUUGUUACCAACAACCACGAGGCGGGUGGACUAUACCAGUGUGCGGACGUGACACUGGUCAACAACGCCCAGAUCAACUUCGCCGACAACUGCAAGAACCAGACAGGCAUGAAGGUAACUCAGGAAGACAUUCCAGGAAACCCCAAUGGAACGGAGACGGAGACAAGCCCAAGCUCGGCCGCCAGCGGAAGUGCUGCAUCAGCGACGCCGACAGGUGCAGCAGUGCAAGCGAAGGCUUUCUCCGGCAAGGGUACUCCCCGCAGGAAGGUCAAGAAGGUCCACAGGGCCGCUGGCACCGACGACAAGAAGCUCCAGACCGCGCUGAAGAAGCUCAACGUCCAGCCUAUCCAGGCCAUUGAGGAGGUCAACAUGUUCAAGAGCGACGGAAACGUCAUCCACUUCUCCGCACCAAAGGUUCACGCGUCAGUACCUGCCAACACCUUCGCCAUCUACGGACACGGCGAGGACAAGGAGCUGACAGAGCUCGUCCCCGGCAUCCUCAACCAGCUCGGCCCCGACUCGCUCGCAUCGCUACGCAAACUCGCCGAAUCUUACCAGAGCAUGCAGAAGGAGAAGGGCGAGGACGGUGACAAGAAGGAGGACGACGACGAGGAGGACGAUGAUGACAUCCCCGACCUCGUCGCUGGCGACAACUUCGAGUCCAAGACUGAGGUCGAGUAA